AAGGUCAGGAAGCGAAACAACCGCAGUUUUCAUGAUUUUUGCUGCAAAAUUCCCGAUUGUCGAUCUUUGGAUGAAUUAGGCUAUUGAUGAAUCCGAAAGAUAUCCUAGCCAAGUGUAGGGAGAACAUACGACCACGAUUAUGAAUCUGGCAGGGUUAGAAAUUGAAACGCGAUUGAAAUGGCCAGAGUUUAUAUAGCUACAGGUUGAAUCGUCUGAAACCAUGUUACUCACACUGACGUAUGCUUUCCUGACCUACUUCUUGCAGCUGAAGGAGAAGUGGAGAAUGAAUCGCUGCUUCAGGUUCCUCACCAGCAAUAUAAAGACAAGCAGUAUAAUCUUCAGGAGAGAUGGAUUAAAGAACCCAAGGGGUCUGCUGGAGAAUGUCACUGAUCUUCCCCAAGAGGAGUUGAUCACGAGGGGCAGAGAUGUAGAGAUGUUGGCCUCUAAACCAAAGCUCUCAAUCGAAAUGGCUGGGUGGGCUUGCUGCCUGGACAGCCAGUACCACACUCCACACUACAUGACUGAUGAAGACUAUGUCUGUGUACUCCUCGAGGCCAAGUUACCGACCGACACCAACGACUAUCUGGCCUGGUCCUUUUCUGUGCCGAUGAAUAAAAGAAUCCAGGUUUCGAGCUUGUCUACUCCCCUGGCUUGGAAGUCUGGUGAUCCAUUUAGUAUCCUGAUGGAGUGUUCAGCUGAGAACUACAUGGCCCUUGGUACAGCUUUCAUGAACGGAUAUCUAGUAACUGAUGAAGUUCUUGAGAUAAAACAGCUCGUUUCGGUGGAUGUUGUCGGGAAACCUAUUGGCCUGCUAAGGACAGACAGUCAGUGCGAGGCGGUACCAGUUUUCAUGUCACCGAUGACAUCAAAGUGUUCGUCAUUAGAGAACAUCAGUGAAAUACAGAUGCCUGAUUUUCAUGUACCAAGGCUGUCGAUUCCAAUGGAACACCUAGAGUUGGAUAUCGUAGAUUCGAAUGAGUCUACGGCAUCAACAUCUGAUGCCGGAGAUAUUUGUGACAACAUUCAACCUGAUAUCGAUCAUUUUGGAUCGGGUGGUCAGGAAAGGAUCGCAGAGUUUACAGACGUGAACCACACCCUGCUGAAAAGAAUGGACGGCAUUGCUGACGAUUUGAAAGAAAAUACAGAAUUGUCAGGAUUGGAUGCACCGUCUGCCAUGUAUAAAAUCACACCAGACAGCCAUGACACUGGAUUCUUAUCUGAAUCUGACAUCUCCUCUCCAAGCCCUGACAAGGAGAACUUGGAUAGUAAUUUGAACAGAUCUUCAGGUUUUUACCAACCUGAAUCGAGAGGUGGAGAAAUGUCUUGUAAACCACCAAACGUACUCAUCUAUUCGGGGAAGAAAGAUUCGGUGAGAAUUUUUGAGGAUAUCAAGUGUGUGGUAGGCAAGUGCAUUAAUGCCAACAGUUAUACUCUCUACCAUCUCAAGCAUGACCAAGUGAACACCACACCCUGGAGCGACAAUACGGCCCUUCUUAUCAUCUGUGUGGAAAAUCUGUAUGAUCAUGUGGACCAAACUUUUAUAUCCUAUUUCAAAAAUGGUGGAAAGGUUGUUAGCUUCUGUAGCUGUUUGGACCAGCAUUUCGCUCAGCGUGAAAAAGGACAGACUCAAAGUUUAGGUAUUGUGUCUCUGUCUUAUAAAUCUUGGAGAAAGGUUCAUGUUAUCUCGAGCAGAUAUGUUUACUCCGGCGAGGACUUAGCGGAGAAUGUGCGAGUGCUGGCGUUGGAUUCCGUGGCAAAUAAACCUGUGAUCAUGUCGGUGAAAGAUGAAGCGAGUGACGGUGCAAUGUUGCUCACUCAGGUAUAUCUUGAGAAGAACCCAAGUCAGAUGGCGAUCAGCACCGAGAUAUUUUCCCUCCUCAAACAAUCAAAUGAGAACAAGUUUGAAAUCCUCCGUGACCUCUUUGCCGAUCUUGGCAUCAAUUCGGUCAAGGAAGAGGUGCCUGGUGUCACUCCGAUAUUCCUUCACAGUUCAGACAAGGAAAUGUUGUCUCAAUUCUGGUCAUCAAUCGAGCCAAGACUUCAAAACAACAAACUGACAACCCGCAACGGCAGCCUGACAUUCCUGAAUGACCCACAUGAUCUUCCAGAGACGGUCUCGCCGUCAGAUACCCCGGUGUUACACGGGGAAAACCUCGAAAUCCUCAAGAUAGACCUGAGGAAAUAUGAAGAGAAUCUUGGGACUUCAACCCUUGGACGUGUCGUGUUCUAUGCAGACGUUAUGAAGAGUACGCAGGACGUUUUAGAUGGGUUUAUGCUGAACAUUCCCAAGGAAGCUGGUGUCAUUGCUAUUGCUUGUAGGCAGACAGCUGGCAAAGGCCGAGGGGGAAAUGCCUGGCUGAGCCCUGAAGGAUGUGCCUUAUUCUCUCUCAAUGUCCAGUUCUCUCUCAACUCGAACCUGGGCCACAGGCUCCCAUUUCUCCAACACAUUGCGUCCUUGGCCGUCGUCCUAGCUGUCCGCUCGCUGCCAGGAUAUGAAGAGCUAGCCGUCCGGUUGAAGUGGCCAAAUGAUAUCUAUUACGGUCGCACAGUGAAGAUGGGUGGUGUCCUUGUCAGCUCGUCGAUAAUGAAGGACCAGGUUCAUGCAAUCAUAGGCUGUGGAUUCAACGUCAACAACAAGGAUCCCACAAUCUGUGUCAACGACAUCAUUGACCAAUACAACCAUGAACACGGAGCAGCAUUGAUGCCAUUUUCCAUCGAGCAGCUGAUUGGACGAACUGUGACACAGAUUGAAUCGCUGAUCGAUGAGUUUCAGUCUCAUGGACCCGACAUAUUCCUCAAGUUAUAUUAUCAGCAUUGGCUUCAUGGGGAUGCCAAAGUAUGCCUUGAGAGUGAGAGUGAGGGUGUUACAGUGCAAGGCCUCGAUGAGAAUGGAUUCCUCCAAGUCAAGACGCCGAGCGGGUGCAUGCUGAGUGUACAACCCGAUGGCAACAGCUUCGAUAUGAUGAAGAACUUGAUCUGUAUGAAGACGAGGUAAACCCGUACUGCAGUGUAAGAGAGAAACCGAGGUGCCAGAAGGGCACUGUUUGAGUGCGUUCAUGCUCUAUCACAUGAGGAAGUAGUCUGACUGAGACUUGAACUUGACUUGUAGUAAACUGACUCUCUGUUGGUGUGACUAAGUGCAAAGCCUGCGCUAAUAGUGCGGCAUGAGGUAGGGGUCUGACCAAACUUUUCUUGAAGGAGACGGAACCACUGUUUGGCCUCUUGCGGCCCAUAGAGUCUUCAGCCCAUAGAGUCUUCAGCCCGAAGUCCUCAGAUGGUCAGUUGUACUUGCAUCUAUUUGAACUGUGUUGUGGUUGUACUAAGAGUAUAAAUAACAAUUUUCACACCAAGUCCGAGUUUGUUUAUUUGCUACAUGUAUUGGUUGUACAUGUAUAUUGUUUAUUUCUUUAUAUGGUGAGUGGAUCACCUAAAUAAAAACCUGCU